AUGGGGCAAACUAAAUCAACACUAUUGGACACUCUUGAAGACCUUUGGCCCUGCCUGCCUGCUCACUCAACAUUGAUGGACAUACCUACGACGAUAGACGAAGGAUACUUGCAAACUGGGAGGAGAAAAGAAAAUAUGAAGCUCUUUGAUUCCUUCUCUUUCGAUAUUUCGUCGGUAAGAAUAUUCUGUUCCAGUGAAGACACAAAAGAUUCAUCUAAAGACUGGUCUAUUGCAGGUUACGUCGAGGCUUAUGAAAAUAAAGCUAAAGGAUCUUCAGGGUCAUUAGGUUUAGUUCAAGAAGGUUGCAAAAAUAGAAGUGUUUGUAAACGUUCAAGAAAAACUACCAAGUUAUUUGUGGUCAAAAAAUAUAAAAAAGUUAGAUAUAGAUAUUAA